GUUAGUAUUACGGCUAGCUCGCUGAAGCUGAGGUUCACUUCGGCGUAACAGGAGCAUGGUGUUCAGUGGAAGAGGUAUUGCAGGGCCGUCGUCCAUUCGCUCCGCCCUCGCGCACCAGAUGCGGCACUUCAGCGUCUCCCCGGCUGCGCGGGCAGGCAACAGCCACUAUGAUACACUGGAUGUACCAAGGAACGCGACGCGCAGUCAAAUCAAGACCAGCUUCUACAAGAUCAGCAAAGUGUAUCAUCCGGAUGUUAACAGUUCCGCCGAGGCUAAAGCAAAGUUUCAAGCCGCGAGCGAAGCGUACUCGGUGCUCGGAGAUGAACGGCAAAGGCGAGCUUAUGAUAGAACGCUCAGCGUUGGCCCAUCUCACUCUCACCAGCAACACUAUCACCGACACCCUGCCGCGUCACACGACUAUGAUCCAGGCGCUUGGGCGUUUGAGACACGCCGUAGAGGAGCGUCGUAUGCCUGGGAGAAAGCGCGACAUCAAUCCAGAUCGUGGUACGGUCGACCUCCGCCGGGGAUGCAUUACGAUCCCUCCGAGUUCGAUCCCUUCUCGCCACAUCCACAAGGGCACAGAGCGAGGGCGAACACGCACUUCAGCCAAACAAAUUCACAGGGAGAUCAUCCCUUGAGGACGCCUUGGUCGAGUGCUAAUGUGCGCAAGGCAACAGGUAAGAAUAACCCAUUCAGCGAGGAGCAGCGCAUCCAGCACAUAUCCCCUCUGGGAAGGGCUCUCGGCGUUGUCGCGCUCGUCCUUGCGGUGGCCACCAUCGGAGGAGGGUGGAGUGCGAAGACGUGAUUGUGCAGGAAUUGUGGAAUACGUGCAUAGUAGAGUAAUCGCGGUGAAUAUUGAAUGAACUAUUGUCGUGCAGUAAUGCUGCAUCCGAUUAUCGAAAACCAUCCCC